AUGGAUUCGGAUUACAGAAUAAGACUUGUGUAUUAUGAAACAUCAAUCACGCCUCAGGGGACACAAGUCAAACAGAAAAUUUACGAUGCUGCAACCGGUGCCUCGAGCUUUUCUAUAGUAUGGAUAAGCCGGGCCUCUGCAGAACAGAGGGCUGGACGCGCUGGCCGUAUUGGACCAGGUGAAUGUCAUCGUUUAUACAGUUCACGUGUCUUCAUGGAUUUCGAAGAGCAGAAACCACCUGAAAUUCUAACACGUCCCAUCGAUGAAGUUGUGCUUUUACUUAAGGUUAGCAUAGCUGGAGUAUUAUCAAAAAGUAUAAAGUAG